AUGAUAUGCGCCACUUUUCAAGCCAAAGGCAACAGUGCGCAACAAAGAACAGACAUGAGCGCAGUGCACCGCUCCACGCCAACCACGACCUCGACUGUGGACGACAAGGACCAGGCGACAUGGUCUCGGGUGGCACGGGAGUGGUGGGACUUGAAUGGGCCCAUGCGCCCACUGCAUCACAUGAACCCGGCGCGCGUCAAGUACAUUACUCAGCAAACCCUCCACCACUUUGCACGCCAAGACACCCUAUCGCCAUCCAGGCUUGAAGACCUUUGCGCCUCGUACUCUUCUCAUCUUCAGCAGGUACAGGACGCAGGUAUUGAUUACUGUGCCAAGCUGUCGCAGGUGGCGGCUGGUACCCUCUCGCCUCCAAGCGAUGCUCCGCUCCGGGGCCUAACGAUGCUGGACGUUGGCUGUGGCGCCGGCAUCGUCGCAGAGCACCUGGCAUAUCUUGGGGCGGAUGUUGUUGGCGUUGACUCCACGCCGGAGACGCCGCCUGUUGGCCGCGUGCACGCCAAGGCCAUGGGGCUCGACCUCGAGUACAUCCAUGGCACGACAGAUGACCUCGUUGCCCAGCACAGGCAGUUUGACGUCGUCUGCUGUCUGGAAGUUGUGGAGCACGUGACAGACGUCGACCACUUUGUUGCGGGCCUCGCAAAGUAA